UGUCUUGCCCUUUCCACCCUCCUUCCCUUCAGUCCCACCCUUUAUAUUCGCUUCCAUUGAAGGGAUUCCAAAUCUGCUCUUGCAAGGGACGGCUUAGAGCUCUGUAGUCAUGGAAGUGAUUAUACCGUCGCGUCCGACUAUGGAAAUCGACUUCGGCAGCAGCCAGUCUGCGCCUUACGUGCUGAGCGCCCCCUCGACCCCGAAAAGGUUCGGGGAGUACUACUUCAGCGCCCCGAGUAGUCCCUCCCGUAUGGCUGAUUUUUAUCGAGAAUUCGACGAGUUCUCCAUGAGCAGGAAAGGUCGCGAAGCAUCUUCUUCCUCCGUUCCUUUCAGUUGGGAAGAGAAGCCGGGAAAGCCUAAGUCACCUAAGGGCGGUAAGGACGAGCAGGACUUUGAGUUCAAUUUCUCCCAGGACAUGGAGAGGGCUUCUCUGUCCGCCGAGGAGCUCUUUGAUGGUGGCAAAAUCCGGCCACUGAAGCCUCCCUCAAGGUUGCAACUGCCGGACAAGUACAAGAGUUCAUCCACAGAGGUGGCAGGCCGACAGAGCCCGGUUCUUUCACCAAGGUCAUCGUUGUGGCAGGGCAAGAGGGUAAUCACUGAGGCGCUCACACUGCGAAGGAAGAGCAAGGAGGUCGACCCCUCUAAGGCGGCUAUGGAGAAUGCCAAGAAGAGGAAGCCUGACCAAGAGCGAGGGCGGGACCGCGCUUCGGCAUACAGCUCAGGCACAAGAGCUGCAAGAUCGCUCUCUCCAUACCGGGUCUCAUCCUAUCCCUGGGAAGACGAAGAGAAGGAGAAACAACAGCUCCAAAAGCUCAACAACUCCUCGAAGCAGUCAUCGUCAUCCCUUUUCAAUCCAUCGCCGUCCUCUUCGAAGGGCUCAGGAUCGGGAUCAAAGAAAUGGAGGCUCAAGGACUUUUUGCUCUUCCGGAGUGCAUCUGAGGGCAGGGCAACAGACAAUGACCCUUUCAGGAAGUAUGCCGCCAUAUUCAAAAGGCAAGAGGACAUCAGGAACUCGAGCUUCCGGUCGACCACAGACAGCCCGGCUGGUUCGAUCUCAAGGAGGAGAUCAGGUCCUGUCUCAGCCCACGAGCUGCAUUACACCGUCAACAAGGCAGUGUCAGACGACCUGAAGAAGAGGACUUUCUUGCCAUACAAGCAAGGGAUCCUUGGAAGACUUGCCUUCAAUCCUGCUGUUCAUGCCCUGGCCAACGGAUUCGGAUCGCUUUACCGUUAAUUUCAUUGAUUAAUUCUGUAAUGCCUUUUCGACGAUUAUAAAUUUCCUUUUUCUUCAAUGUAAUUUGUAAAGCCUGUUGCUCGAUCUUUUCUGAAAUUGUAGAAUUUUGCUACCCGAGGGACAAAAGAACUAAGAUGUCCAUAAAAUUAAAUGGAAUUUCUAGUUACUUUGGCAUGAA